AUGCCACACCUCAUUGACAAUUUAUCAAAGUUUUCGGCGUCAUUACCCAUGUUAUCAAGUGCAUCGUACAAUGCAGUCAUUUGGUCAGCAUUUGUAGCAGAUCAAAAUGUACUCCUAUUCAAUUCACUGCAUCAAAUUGGAUACCAAGUUAUGAGAACUGUGAUAUUCAUCAUAUCAGUUGCUGCCUCUGUUGUUCCGCCAAAGAAAAAGUGUUGUAACUUGACUUUGAUGGAUCAAUUUUGCGGUUCUGAAGUUUUAAUCUUCGCAAAAGUAUUGAGUUCAAAAUACGACAACAACUCUAUACUUCAUGAGUACAAAGUGAAUGAAUCGUAUGUUUUGAAAGACGAUACGGGAACUGUUCCUGACGUCAAUGGCAUUACUUCAGUUCUGGUGGAAAACACACCCUGUAGCCGUCCACUAAGAACAGAUUUUUAUCUGAUAGGAGGACGACUGGUACAAAACGACAUCAUUUUGCUUAACGAAUGUGGAUUUUACAUGAGCGACAGAAUGAUCAAUAGGAGCGAGAGACGACAAAGAAUCCUCGGGAAAAUUGCGAAAGAAGAUGUAUGUGGAAGAAGAUGA